GAUUUGUUGAUAUUUAGCAGGAGGGGUCGGCCUGAUUUGUUUUCGCAGUAAUUUUGUUUAUGCUUUACUACCCUUGACCCGUUCUUUAGACGAAGAAAGAAUAUCUAUAGCGUGUUUUAGCUAGAACUUUUGAUGUCCACAACUUUUUAAACUUGUUAUCAAAUUUGAUUGUAGUUAUGCCAGUAGGUAUGUCAAUGAUUUCCGGACAGCCUUCUUGCAAUGUGUGCAAUGAAGUGUUUGAAGAUGAAGAGAAAAUGGUGAAUUCAAACGGACAACUUUACCACGAAAACUGCUUUGUCUGUGCUCAGUGUUUUCGACCCUUUGAGGAUGGCUUGUUUUAUGAAUUUGAUGGGCGGCAGUAUUGUGAGUACGAUUUCCAGCAACUUUAUGCACCAUGUUGCCGUGGAUGCUCUGAGUAUAUUAUUGGCAGAGUUAUAAAAGCAAUGAACGCAAAUUGGCAUCCAGAAUGCUUUAGAUGUGAAAUAUGUGAUGAUACUUUAGCUGAUGCAGGUUUUGUAAAGAAUGCAGGGAGAGCACUGUGUAAAAGAUGUAAUGCUAACGAGAAAUCAAAAGGUGGUCGGUUUAUGUGUCAUAAGUGUCACACAUAUAUUGAGGAAGGAAAACACAUUAUUUACAUGGGUGAUCCUGUUCACCCGUGGCAUUAUAACUGUUAUGAAUGUGGACGGGAACUUGACGAAACGUGUCGUAAGCGCAACAAUGAAUUGUAUUGUUUACGUUGCCAUGACAAGAUGGGAAUCCCCAUCUGUGCUGCAUGCAAACAACCCAUUGAAGAUGAGAGAGUUGUGAACGCUAUCGGUAAACAGUUCCAUGUUGAUCACUUCUGCUGUGCUAAAUGUGAGAAGCCAUUUUAUGGAAACCGUCACUACGAAAAAAAUGGAUUGGCGUAUUGUGAAACUCACUUUAAUCAGCUUUUUGGAGAUAUUUGCUUCAUUUGCAACAGAGCUAUCAUGAGAGACGUUGUUACGGCGUUAAACAAAUGUUUUUGCGUGCAUCACUUCAUCUGUACUGGUUGCAAUGUCAAGCUUACGCUGAGGAGCAAAUUUCACGAACUGGAUAUGAAACCGCUGUGUCUUCGUUGCCACGAGAAAUUACCAAAAGAAUUACGGAAGAGGUUAAAAAAGGCUACCGAUUCCUCAGGGCGUUAGCGGUGUAAUCAGUGCGUGGGUUCGUGAUAUGGUGCUGGUUUCUAUCGUUUCGAUAUUUUAGGUAGUUUUUAACAAAAAACAACAACAAAAAAUAUUGUGAAGUAUUUAAAUAUAGUAAAUCUUUGUCAUUUUUUGUUUUGUUGAUACACAAAACAAUUUAUAACAA